AGGAGGGCUGGUCCCCACUCUGGCAAUUAGUUAUAAGCAGCGCGGUGUGAGCAGGCUCUGUUCAGCCGCAACUCCGAGUUCUGCUGGCGCUCAAUCCCUUUGUCCCAGCCAACCAUGGCUAGCCCGCUACGCUCCCUGCUGCUCCUGCUGGCUGUCCUGGCGGUGGCCUGGGCCGCGUCCCCCAAGCAAGGUAUGCGCUUGGUGGGCGGCGUGAUUGAUGCAAACGCCAACGACACCGGAGUGUUGGAAGCGCUGAACUUCGCCAUGAGCGAGUACAACAAGGAAAACAACGACGCGUACCACAGCCGUGCCAUACAGGUGGUGAAGGCACGUAAGCAGAUCGUGGCUGGAGUAAAAUACUUUUUGGAUGUGGAGAUAGGCAGAACCACAUGUACCAAGACCGAGACAGCCUUGGAAUUGACUAAGUGUCCUUUCCAUGAGCAGCCUCAUCUGAUAAAGAAGGCAUUCUGCUCCUUCCAAAUCCUCAGUGUGCCCUGGCUAGGCAAACAAACCCUGACGAGAUCCAGCUGCAAAAGCGCUUAAGGCUGAGUCCAGUAAGGUGAUGCAGACUGCUCCUUACUUGUGCUCUUUCCCUGUAGUGCUUCAACCCUCAGAAAGGCUCUCCAGCUCUCGAGGGCAUCUCCAGUGUGGCAGCACCAGGAGAAGCUGCUGCAGGCAGGUUCUGCACGUCUGAACAGCUGUCCCCUGGUUCUGCCCUUCUCCUUGCAGUACCUGUCAGGCCUUGCUCAAUUAAAAAGGAAAAAAAAAAAUC